AUGGAUCCACGACACUCGGAAGACGCUUCAGCUCACAGCUCAUAUUCGAGCUCGGGGGACGAGGAGGAUGAUAGAAGGGCCUUCAGCAUCUGGCAGGCCCUGCCCGUUCCGGACAGGGAGCCUGACUGGGCUGCAGAGGAGGUGGACAGCGUGGAGGAGUACCUGUGCCGGGUCAGGGAGGUGGAUGCAGACAGGGGCAAAUCUCUGCUGGGAACAUCGCUGGGCGGGUCAGGCAUAAGGUGCCCAAGCCCCAUCCAGGGCCCGGACCCCGGGAUGCCUUCCAGCUACUCGGGCAUGCCUGAGCUCGAGGCGCUGCGCAUGCUUUCCUCCGCCACCGUCGCGCAGCGGGUCCCCUCCCGCGUCACACGCCUGGUGAAGGCGGGGUUUGACCCCGGUGCCGCCGCCGAGCUCUUCGCGCUAUCAAUCCGGGUGGAGACUCCCCUGCAGGCCAACACAUGCGCGGCCUACCGCCGCCUGCUGCGCCACUGCUGCUCCCUCCGCGCCGGCCUGGGCUCGGAUGCCCACACUGACCUCCUCCCCCACCUCAACAUCCUGGUGGUGAUCUGCACCGCUGUGUUUGGGCAGGGCGUUCUGGAGACAAGAGACUGA